AUGAACUCUUUAAUAAGAAAAUAUUUCAAUCAAAUAAAAUAUGGAAAUUUUGAUGUUCUUUUGAGAAAUUCAGAAAGAGUUCUUGGAGUUGGAAGUUUAGUAUUGAUAAUCACUUAAUUUUUGAAUGAUAAGGAAUUACUUUGUUUUAUUUAAGUAAUAAAAGAGUUGAUAAUGAAUUGAUAGAUUAACAGAAAAAUAAGAUAAUUAUCAAAGGAAUAUAAUUAAUUAAACAUUCGAGUUUUAUAAAUAAGAUUGUAAAGACAGACAUAAAUUUUAGAUGUAAAAGUAAAAAUAUUAAAAGAAUUAUAUCCAAGAUCCAGAAUAUUUGAAUAUUAAACAUAACAAUAACUAUAUGUUUUAUAGUUUUAAUAACAUUUCAAUGGAAUAGAAAUAAUAUAUAAAAAUUCAAGAUUUGUUGAAUAGAAAAAAGAAACAAACAUAAUAAUGUUAAAUAUAAUAAGAAUAAAGAAUAUAAGUUUAGUAGAAGUAGAUAGAAUUGACUUAGUAGAAAUAAAUAAACGAUAAGUAGAAUGUAGAAAAGAAAAUAGAGUUAGAGAAAUUGAUAAGUGAAGUAUAUUCAUUAUUGAGUGAAGAAGAGCCAAAGACUUUGCCAAAACCAAAUUUGAGAUUAGUAAUAAUAAGAAUGCUAUGAAAAUAGAAUGAUAUAACAAAGAAUUUAUGUCCAAUAGUAUAAUAUUAGAGAGUAAAAUAAUUAGCUUAGAAAUUAAGAGGAUCAUAAUAAUAAAAAAAUGUUAAUUAUAUUUGA